GAAGCAGAAUAUUUUUGCUGUCCCUUUAGAAUGGGGUGGGUGUGGGGUGUGUAGGUCAUGACUCACGGCUGCUUCUCUUUAGGAUGGGCAGAAACAGUGAAGUUUAAGGAAGCCCAGGGUUUCAAGCAUGAGCAGUGACUCCCGGGACCCCACUGCACCCUGAAUGGCUAGACUGAAGGAGGAAGCCCUUCUCCUGUGCAACAAAGAUAAGGGUCAGGGGAGAUGCCAGAGAAUGAGGGGGUCUUCUACAAUGUUUUUGUGGGAGUCUAGAAUUUGAACAGACCUUUUGGAGUCUGGGAGUAGAGGUUUCAUUCCAACAGCAAGAAAUGGAGCCAAGAGAGAAGGGAAAGGAAAGAGGAAAUGAAAGGCAUUUGCCUACCCAGUUGUCUCAGUCCCUUUGGGUGGGAGCUUCUGAGGAACCCAGCUACUCUUUUUCUAAAGCUGAAAUUCCAAGCUAUAGCUAAAAUCCUGGAAUACUAGAUAGAAGCUGGGAGCAGUCCUAGACAUCGUUUCUCUAGAAUCCCUCAUCGCGUAAGGAGACUGCUGUGGCUCAGGGCACGGGAGGUACUGGCCAUUUACUGGAGAAGCUGAAGUCAGAAUGCAGGUUUCCUCGCUUCUCAUCCUAUGCUCUUUCAUAUUUGCAGCAUGCAACUCCCUAACCCUCCAGCACCCAUGGCCUUCCUGCCUGCCACCCCACCCUGCCCAACACUCACACACCCCACCUGCAAUGUCACCAUUUAUCUCCAGGGUGCAUUAAAAUUUUCUUUGAACCCAAAGUUUCCUUGCACUUACUUUGCUAGAAAUCAUGAGUAUAUGCCACAUGCAGUGUUUUUGUUUGUUUGUUUGUUUUUUUGCUGAGAAGUAUAUUCUGAAAUCUCCCCCCGAGAGGGCUGUGAUCCGAGCCUCAGGAAGAAACAAAGCUUAAUCCAUUUUUCCUGGGGAAUGGCCACUCCCCAACCAAGGAGCUAACUGGAGACUCUCAACAGCCGGCAGAGGAAGACACAAAUUCUAACCCCAUACCAACCUGUGGAGGGCUUCUCAUAACUUUCUAGCCAUGGUUUGUAGAAUCUCUCUUUUGACGUUCCCCAAAGUCCCUUCCAGUUCUCAGAGCAGUCAUAGUCUGUAGGGCAUAUAAAAUCAUUCCUUAUUUGGAUUCUUUUCUCUAUAAUGCUGCUAAAGUGUUGUGUACAAGUUUAAUUAUCUGCCCCUCGUUUUGGAUUUUAAAUGCAUCAGGGGAUCUUGCUUUAUUGGGAACACUUGAUCACGUUUACAAAGAGAGGAUUUGAUGCAUUGAAUAACUGUGUGGUAAUGUCUCUUUCAAAAUUAAUCAACCAUUCGAAUGUUUACAGGGUGUCAGUCAAUGCAGGGCACAAAUUUAUCUUCCAGGUCAUACUGUUUAUGUAUUUGUUUAUAUGUUUAUAUAUUUAGAGUGCUCAAAAUGGAGCCACAUUCUGCCCUUCAGACUCUUUCCUUUUAGGGCAACACCACGGCCCCAGCACACACCCACUCUUCCAUCUCUGCACACUCACACACACUAUCACAGGAGGUCAGUGCCACUUUAGGAAACAGACAAAAACAGGCCCUCUCAUUACAAAAGGAUCCCCUACUGGGUUCCAUGAAACACUGAGCUGCCCCCAAAGCGCCCCUCUUGUACAGUGUGAGGCUCUCCUAUACCUGGAAGCUGGGGCAAGGGGAGAAGAUAUUUGCGGUUCCUGAAGCCCAGGCAGUGUGAGAGCUGUGGGGAAAUUAGCUCUGAGAAGGUUAAUUCUUCCCGGGAGGGUAAAGCUUUAAUGACAAGCCAUCUUUAAUGGGAUUAUCGUGGGAGCUCAUAUCUACAAAUAAGAUCAGGCAGAGGCCAAAGCCAGCUGCCUCCUCUGUGGAGCAGGGGUGGAGGGCAGGCAAAACAGGCGACUAGGAGAGGAAAGGAGAUUUUCCCGAAAAUAUACAGGGAAUAGAAACUCCUUCACCUUGAAAUGUUAUACUUCAAAUUCUCUGAGAUUUUCAGUUAGAUCAGAUUCUCUGGAGGCCAGGAUGACUGACUACCCACUACAGUCCGGAUGAGAGCCUAGGCGAGGGCAUGGCUCAGGAAUUUUCAGUCAGGCAGUUAUCACUGAUGUUUGUUCGGUGCCCACUGGUUACCUAGCUGCGGGCUCCAUGCUGUGGAGGGUCAUCAAGGAGUUAGAAAAUACGGCCCCGUCCCACCCACCCCCACCCCAGGUGCUCAGAAUGUAAUUCUGGAGGUCAAAUGGGUACCUAUGUUCACACACAAGUGAAAGAGAUUCAAGAACAUGUAUUAAUCCAUUCAACAUUGAGUGAUGGGGGGUUAUUUUCCUAAGCCUUAUCCCGUGAGUCCUUGUCAGAGUUAGAAAUCUCCAGUUGUGAGCACCUUCAGCCUCUUGGGAACACAGAAUCUAGCAUAUUGCUGUGCUCUGUCAAUCUGCUCAACCACCUCUCAGCUUUUGCACUCAAAGUGGUAGGAGAGAAACAUCAUUGUCAGGGAUAUUGCGAGACAUGGGUUCAGAGACUGUCUGCUCUAUCGUUGAACUAGCUGCGUGAUUCUGGCUACAUCCUGUUGCCUCUCUGGGCCUCACGUAGACAAGUGACUCUUCAAGGCCCCUGUCAGGUCUGAUACACACGUGACAUAAGACUGUACCUUUGAACAAAUUAGAGAGCAAUUCAAGAGAGCUUGUAAUCAAGAGCUAGACAGCACUGGGCAGACUGAAUGCUGAGAGUAGAGCCUUGUCAUUCUGUAUCACUUUUACGGAUCCUGAACAAUCUAGCUCUCUGGCCCGCCCCGCCCCCCACGUCAGCCCUUUCAGCUGAGUGUCCUCUAAAUGGCCUUUGAGGAAUCAGGCAGGGAGAGGGCGGCACGGAGCCCCUGGCCUCUAUCACUGGAUACAUCCCCCCAACAGGUGCACAGGCCCUGCCGCUCUUCAGAUUUGGACAGCACAGAGAAGGGAGGGUGGCCUCAUUUUCUGCUGCUGCAAUGAGCCUUGGCAGACCCACAAAGAGCAGAGAUCCAACUCGCCAGCCUGUGGCUGGGAGGCAUUUGAAAUACCAUUUGGUGAAGUCUGGGUUUUUCUCUUUUUUGUUUAAUUUUCUUAGAACCACUUGGAGAAGAUUACAGUUUCAGAUCUCAAGUAAUGGCUGCAAUCAGUCAAUCAACAAAUAUGUGCUGAGCAUUUCCUACGUGCCCAGAUUUCUGCCAAGGGUACGGGCUUGGGGGUGGGGAAGACGAAGGAAAUAUCAGUUGCCAUCCCAGCACUCAGGUGGCCUGUCUAACCUGCUUCUGGCUGGCAGAGGUUCCAGCAUGGGCAAUAGUCAGAGAAGCAGCAAAGAAUUGCACCCCCAAUCUCUUGUUUCUGUGGGGAAGACAGUCUAAGUUUUGAGGAGGGGUACAGCAGCUGGCUUUUCCUCCUGAUGUCUAUUCCAAGCUAUUUUUAGCCACAACUUAGGAUGGUGAGGGUGAGCAGCUGAAAGCAUCCAGAGUGUUAGGACAAAGCUGCCUUGGACUGAGAAUGUGCCAUCACAGACACAAGUGUCUAAAACUCCUCCAUCCUCCAGUGUUGAGCUCAGUCUGCCCUGACAGGCCAAAGUUAACAGGAAGCCAUGGCCCCAGGACAGAGUAAUGACAUGAACAGUCCUAGGGGAACAGCCCAAAUGCCUGCAGCUGAGAAUAACACUUGCACCUCUAUGGAAAGAAUAUUGGGUCAAAAUGGGUCAUAGAAAUAAUAUUUCCUGCAAGAGAGAAAGAAAUCUGCCUCUUGUAACAACAGGAUGAUCAGGAUGAAGUGAACCAGAACUACUUAGCGGAUGAAGAGGAAGAAGCAGAAGAGGAGGCUAGGGUGAUGGUGGUACCUGAUUUGGAGGAGGAGGAGGAAGAAGAGGAGGAGAAAGAAGAGGAGGAGAAGGAGGAGGAAGAUAGUCACAGUCAGGAAACAGACAGUGCCUGGUGGCAGAAACUGCAGAUUGUGAAUGAAUACCUGUGGGAUCCGGAGAAAAGGACAUCUCUGGCCCGAACAGGUCAGAGUUGGAGCCUGAUCUUAGUCAUUUACUUCUUCUUCUAUGCCUCCCUGGCUGCUGUGAUCACCCUUUGCAUGUACACGCUAUUUCUGACCAUCAGUCCUUACAUGCCAACCUUCACUGAGAGGGUGAAGCCUCCUGGAGUUAUGAUCAGACCCUUCGCCCAUAGCCUUAACUUCAACUUCAACGUUUCUGAACCUGACACUUGGCAGCAUUAUGUGAUUAGUCUAAAUGGCUUUCUCCAGGGUUACAAUGACAGUCUUCAAGAGGAAAUGAAUGUAGACUGUCCCCCAGGCCAGUACUUCAUCCAAGACGGUGAUGAGGAUGAAGACAAGAAGGCCUGCCAAUUUAAGCGCUCCUUCCUGAAGAACUGCUCUGGCCUGGAAGACCCAACUUUUGGCUACUCUACUGGACAGCCUUGCAUCCUUCUAAAGAUGAACCGGAUUGUUGGCUUUCGUCCUGAGCGUGGAGACCCUGUGAAGGUUUCCUGCAAAGUUCAGAGAGGUGAUGAAAACGACAUCCGAUCCAUCAAUUACUACCCAGAGUCGGCUUCUUUUGACCUCCGCUACUACCCUUACUAUGGCAAACUGACUCAUGUUAACUACACCUCCCCGCUGGUGGCAAUGCACUUUACAGAUGUAGUGAAGAACCAAGCGGUGCCUGUGCAGUGCCAACUGAAGGGCAAAGGCAUCAUAAAUGACGUCAUCAAUGAUCGUUUUGUGGGUAGGGUAAUCUUUACUCUAAACAUAGAAACCUAAGAACUUCAGGGGGCCACUCCCACCAGUUCUGUUUCUGUUUUAUUUCAUGUUACCCUGGUAGCACCUGAAUUCUUUUCUUCAAUCAGGACACAGCCAGAUGGACACCUGAGACAGUAGACCAUUUUUCCUUGCCUUUGACAUAUGUACAAAAUGGCAUUGUGGGAACUAUUUCAUUUUUAAAGGUAGUCUCUCCUGAUGACAAAUAGAUGAUAUUCAUUUCCUUUUCCCCCACUUAAAACCAAAACCCAUACUUGCUGCUAGAAGUCUCAUUGUAGUGUAAACAUAGUAUCUGAUAAAAUUCACAGUAGCCAUGAAGGACAAUUUCUGUAAUGAUUAUAAAUUCAUCAUGUUUUCUAAAAAUGUGUUGUUUUUAGAGGUGAGAUUCCUCCCAACCAGGCUGAUAACUAACCCUUUUUGUUAACCUGCCUGGCAAGGUCCUGCCCUGAGAAUCACCAAGCAGACCAAUCCAGAAUACACCUAGGGCCAUCAUGCCCAGGAAGUCUGUAUCCAAGGGUGCUUGUGAAAUAGGCUUUCCUGGGCAACUAAAUACUGCUUCACCAACUGGGUUAUCUCCAACUGGAACAGAAGUCACUGAUAACUGGAUGUUGUUCUGGGAUAGACCAGAACAUAGACCUUCCCUAUGACUUCUCUGGGGAGUGAGGCCCAGUGCAACUGGGGAGAACACCUACCACGUGGAUGUGACUGUUAUUAGAUUCCUUGCUUUAUGGUGUAGUCAUCCAAAGGCAAAUGUUCCCGCAGAAAGGUUGUCUCAGCUUCAGGCAAAGGAAAAGACAAGGAUGAUCUCCACCACCUAAUUCUUCUUGGGCUAUUUGUCUGAAAGUAGUGUGAUGUUCUUUUGAGACCUCAGGGAUGGAUGUGUUGACCACCCUCACACCCUCUGCUACACCUUUGGAGAUUGAAGUCAGGGUCUCCCGACUGAUACAUGGUAAGACAGAAAUCUCCUGCCAGGCCACCCUAUAUUCAAGUCCCAUUAGCCAGCUUUUCAUUUUCUUAAAAAAAAAUGGUACGAGGCAGAUGUUUAUCCAGGUUGUGGAUCAGCCAGGCUGCUUUGUCUUAUCUUUGGCCAUAUGACCAUUCCGCUGCUUGUCUCUACUAGGGGGAGGGCUGGGACCAGGAGAAAAAGAGAGUGUCAGAGAAGAGUAUAGUGUCUCAGGGUCCAAAGCAAGCUUAAAGGCCACCUGGAAAUAUCCAGAGUCGGAACCUCCUCUACAGUGUUUACCUUCUCCCAAAACAGGGAACUGACAGUUUGGUAGUGAAAACAAACAAGUAAAGAAGUAACUACAAUAUAGUGUGACAAGAGUUUUAAUAUUAGUAUGUGGGAAUGCUAUGGGAACAUGAGGAAAAAUAACUCAAGCUAAGAAAGUAGCAGAGGAAGUUUCACAUGCAACUGUGUUUGGGUAACUGGGAGCAGCUCAUGUAACUUGAAUGUAAAGGGCUCAGAG